CUUCUAAAGACACUUUAAGUGGAUGCAUCAUAUCUUCUCCUCUUUCUUCUACCAUUGCGACUUCUACUCUGAUUACCCAUGAAACUGAACAAUCCACCACCAAAAUGUGGUGGGAUGCCGAGUGAGAAGGAGGAGCACGAACCUCAGCAGGAAGAUGCUGAGCAAGACGAACCACCCGGGACAUUAUUGCAAAUAUCUGAGGAGGACGAUUCCAGGAGUCGUGAGCAGAGAGAAGGACGUGAGAGUCAGCACAGGCCAGAGAGAAAGCAGGGAAAUCAGCCAAGGGAGAAAUUGAAUAAAUCCAUUAAUAGUUGGGGACCUCACAAAUACAUCAAGGAAACCACAGCCCAGCCGAAAAUCCAGGCAGGAGCGAGAAACAACACAUGCUCCGAGUGUGGGAAAAAUUUCAGUAGCCGCUCAGUUCUUCUUAAACAUCAGAGGAUCCACACAGGGGAAAGACCCUAUGAAUGCCGCGAAUGUCAGAAAAGCUUCACUCACAGGUCAUCCCUCAUUAAGCAUCGGAGGAUACACACUGGAGAGAGACCCUAUGCGUGCUGUGAGUGUGGCAAAAACUUCAUUGACCGUUCAGCUCUUAUUAAACAUCAGAAAUUCCACGCAGGAGAGAGACCCCAUGAAUGCAGUGAGUGCGGGAAACGCUUCACCCAGAGCUCGGACCUCAUUACGCAUCAGCGAAUCCACACGGGAGAGAGACCCUAUGAAUGCAGCGAGUGCGGGAAAAGCUUCACUCAGCGAGCAUCCCUCAUCAAACAUCGGAGAAUCCACACUGGCGAGAGACCCCAUGAAUGCUGUGAGUGCGGGAAAACCUUCACUCAGAGCUCAGGCCUUGUUCGACAUCAGAUAAUCCACACGGGGGCGCGAUCCUACGCGUGCACCGAGUGCGGAGAAAGCUUCUCUCGGCGCUCGAACCUGAUCGUGCAUCAGAGAAUCCACACCGGGGAGCGACCCUAUGGGUGCUGCGAGUGCGGGAAAAGCUUCAUUGACAGCUCAUCGCUUAAGAAGCAUCAGCGGAUCCACACCGGGGACAGGCCUUACGGAUGCGGCGAGUGCGGGAAAACCUUCACUCGCAGCUCAAACCUCAUCACACAUCAGCGAACCCACACAGGGGAGAGACCCUACGAAUGCAGCGAGUGUGGGAAAAGCUUCACUGACAGCUCUCUCCUCAUUAAACAUCAGAGGAUCCACACGGGGGAGAGGCCCUAUGAAUGCGGCGAGUGUCAGAAAAGUUUCACAGACAGCUCAGACCUUAUUAAGCAUCAGCGAAUCCACACCGGAGAAAAGCCCUAUGAAUGCGGCGAGUGCGGGAAAAGCUUCACUGACAGCUCAGACCUCAUUAAGCAUCAGAGAAUCCACACGGGAGAGAGGCCUCAUGCGUGCUGCGAGUGCGGGAAAAGCUUCAUGCAGCGUUCGUGCCUUGUUAAACACCAGCGGAUCCACACGGGGGAGAGACCCUACGCGUGCGCCGAGUGCGGGAAAAGCUUCGCUUGGCGCUCCAACCUCAUUGUGCAUCAGAGAAUCCACACAGGGGACAGGCCCUAUGAAUGCACUGAGUGUGGGAAAACCUUCAAUCGCAGUUCGCACCUUAUUAGUCAUCAAACAAUCCACAGAGGAGAGAGGCCCUAUGAAUGCCGUGAGUGUGGGAAAUGCUUCACUAGCAGCUCAAACCUUUCUCAACAUCAGAGAAUCCACACAGGGGAGAGGCCCUUUGAAUGCAGUGAGUGUGGGAAAAGCUUCACUAGCAGCUCAGACCUUUCUAAACAUCAGAGAAUCCACACAGGGGACAGGCCCUAUGAAUGCCGUGAGUGUAGGAAAACCUUCAAUCACAUUUCACACCUUAUUAGUCAUCAAACAAUCCACAGAGGAGAGAGGCCCUUUGAAUGCCAUGAGUGUCGGAAAUGCUUCACUAGCAGCUCAAACCUUUCUCAACAUCAGAGAAUCCACACAGGGGAGAGGCCCUUUGAAUGCAGUGAGUGUGGGGAAAGGUUCACUAGCAGCUCAGACCUUUCUAAACAUCAGAGAAUCCACACAGGGGACAGGCCCUAUGAAUGCCGUGAGUGUAGGAAAACCUUCAAUCGCAUUUCACACCUUAUUAGGCAUCAAACAAUCCACAGAGGAGAGAGGCCCUAUGAAUGCCGUGAGUGUCGGAAAUGCUUCACUAGCAGCUCGGCCCUUUCUGUUCAUCAGAGAAUCCACACAGGGGAGAGGCCCUUUGAAUGCCGUGAGUGUGGGAAACGCUUCACUAGCAGCUCAAACCUUUCUCAACAUCAGAGAAUCCACACAGGGGAGAGGCCCUUUGAAUGCCGUGAGUGUGGGAAAUGCUUCACUAGCAGCUCAAACCUUUCUCAACAUCAGAGAAUCCACACGGGGGAGAGGCCCUUUGAAUGCCGUGAGUGUGGGAAAAGCUUCACUCAAAGAUCAGUCCUUUCUAGACAUCAGAGAAUCCGCACAGGGGACAGGCCCUAUGAAUGCACUGAGUGC